AUUUGUCAAGUGGGGCAGAUCUGGAAUUAUUGUCGAAUUUGCCACUGUGUCUUCUUUCUUCUUCUCCUUCUUGGUGCCAUGGCAAUUUGUUCCUCAGCUUCAUCUUCUUCUUCUUCUUCUUCUUCUUCUUCUUCAUCAGCAUCGUCGUUUGGCUCUUCCAACAACGCAAAGGCAUGGAUCGUGCAUGGCAUUGUUGUAGGAGUUGCAAUUGCAGCAGCUGCCGGGGCUCGCGCUUACCUGACCCGAUUCAACAAAUUUCGGAGCCGGGUCGUCGGUAUCAUACCAGCCCGAUUCGCUUCGUCUCGGUUCCAGGGAAAGCCUCUUGUUCAAAUCCUUGGCAAGCCCAUGAUCCAGAGAACAUGGGAAAGGGCAAAGCUGGCUGCUACAUUGGAUCAUGUUGUUGUGGCAACUGAUGAUGAAAAGAUUGCUGACUGCUGUAGACAAUUUGGAGCUGAUGUCAUAAUGACAUCAGAAUCUUGCCGAAAUGGUACUGAGCGCUGCAAUGAAGCCCUACAGAAGCUUGGGAAAAAAUAUGAUAUUGUUGUCAACAUUCAGGGUGAUGAGCCUCUUAUUGAACCUGAAAUAAUAGAUGGUGUUGUCAAAGCUUUGCAGGCUGCUCCAGAUGCAGUGUUCAGCACUGCAGUCACAUCUUUAAAGCCUGAAGAUGCACAUGAUCCAAAUAGAGUGAAAUGUGUGGUAGAUAAUCAUGGUUAUGCCAUCUAUUUUUCACGAGGAUUGAUCCCAUUCAACAAGUCAGGGAAGGUCAAUCAACAGUUCCCCUAUUUGCUUCAUCUUGGGAUUCAGAGCUAUGAUGCAAAAUUUCUAAAGAUAUACCCAGAUCUUCAACCUACUCCAUUGCAACUCGAGGAGGAUUUGGAGCAACUUAAAGUCCUUGAGAAUGGCUAUAAGAUGAAGGUAAUAAAGGUUGACCACGAUGCCCAUGGUGUUGACACUCCUGAAGAUGUUGAAAAGAUAGAAUCUCUAAUGCGGGAGAGGAACUUGUCUUGAACUCUCGGUUUUGCAAUGAAACUAUCUGCAAAUUAACCAUUAGCACAACACCUCUCAGAUUCUUUUUGUUGCUUUCGACAUAGUUGGAGUGUUAUAGUUUAUAAUGUAUGUUAUUGUUUUAGCAUCAGCAGUCGGACUUAGAUUUAGGAGGACGAGCUUGGAGUGGUAAUAUUAUUCUAAAGUUAUGAGUUUGAAUCCGGAAAUAAUCUCACUGAAAUAUGUAAACGGUAAAAUUGUGUACUAGAAUUAUCCUAGUUAGUUGGGGUUGGGGUUUAAUGCUAAGUCAUUUUUUUGUUUUUUGGCAAUAGGAUUAGUUGUCUUUUUCAUGUACGAGUGUUAAUGUACGAUACAAAUGAGAUUGAAAAUUUUAGAUAUACAUAUAAU